GGCAGUAUAAAAUGCAGUGGAUGGCAAUGCAUCGCCACCAUUAGACAGUCGGUAGUUUGUCCAUCCGCAGUUGAACGCUAAGAGAAUCGCGCAAAAUGAUGAAACUGAUGCUAGUCGUUGGAUUUAUGGCCCUGAUCGCCCUGGCCACCGCCCGUCCCCAGAACGAUGUGGAGGUGCUGGAGUACGAGUCGGAAAACAUUGGCAUUGGCGGCUACAAGUUCAGCUAUAAGCUCAGCGAUGGCACAACCCGCUCCGAGGAGGGUACGGUCAAUAAUGCUGGCACCGAAAACGAAUCCAUAUCCAUACGCGGCUCCGUCAGUUGGGUGGCACCCGACGGUCAGACAUACACCAUCAAUUUUGUGGCCGAUGAGAAUGGCUUCCAGCCAGAGGGCGCCCAUCUGCCCAAAUAGGAUGAUGUUGAUUAGCCACAAUGGAAGAUGAUCCUGUAAAUACACAACCAGUCCCCCAUCCUGUAUCCUGCAUCCUGCAUCCCCAUCUGUUUUCCCGCCACCAUAGGACGAGCCAUAGCCAUAGGACGAGAGUGAAGGAGGUGCUGUGCCGUGCUGUGCCGUGCCAGUGUCCUCUCAGUUAGUAAGUCGAUCAGUCAGUCAAGUCAGUGUCGUGCAUUGUUUUCUCUAUUUUGUUACUCGCAUUAAAGCCGAACUUUCGUUUAUCGAAA